AUGUCUAAAUCAAGACGUAUACAUGAUGUCCCAGACGACAUUUUCCUCACCUUCAAUAGCAGACUUUUUGGAGUAGAGAAGGCACCCGUUAAAAUUUCAAAAGACGAGCAGGAAUGGCUACUAAAUUCAUCAGUCUUUGGUACAGCAAUGUACGAGAGCAAGCUAUUUUUCUCCUUUUUUUAUGGCUUCUGGCCAAACUCGGAAGUCUACCACUUGGAUGACGUUAUGGGAAAAUGUUUAAGAGCGACAAGGGACUUGGAAAAGAACGAUUUGAUUUCUGGCUACUAUGGAUUUUUACGACUCUAUGAAACUGCUGAAAAAAGUGAAAUUUUCGACACACACUCUCUAAAAAUUAGUGAGAAACUGAUUUAUGAUGGCUCCAUAGCUGCCGCUUCAUCUAAAGAACUUCCGGGCUUCCAAUUUUUCGGAACAUUUGCGAAACACUCUAAGAAGCAUGCUAACAGUCUAUUGGAUGUAAACCACGCGUUCAAAGGAGUUCCAUGCUAUUUUUUACGAGCUUCCAAAAAUAUAGCUAAGGGGGAUCAGAUAUUAUGUGAUUAUCGACACGAUGAUAGGAAAUUUAACGACAACAAGGAACCCUCUCCCUCUAUCAAUUUCUGUCCUUGCGAAUCCUGUUAUAUCCCUCAACAAGCUCAGGCUAACAAGUUUAAUAAGCCCACGCUUCACUACACUCCACAGCAGUAUGAGGUAACCAAUUCUAUAGAGGACUCUACACCGUCUCUCAUUAAUGCUCAUUCUGAUCGUCUAAGUUUGAGACCUCGCCCAACUAAACACUCUCGGUAUGAGCCAUGCACACUUCGCUAUACUCCGCAGCAGUAUGAGGUAGCCAGUUCUAUAGAGGAAUCUGCACCGUCUCUCAUUAAUGCUCAUUCUGAUCGUCUGAGUUUGAGACCUCAUCCAACUAAACGCUCUCGGUAUGAGCCAUGCACACUUCGCUAUACUCCACAGCAGUAUGAGGUAGCCAGUUCUAUAGAGGAAUCUACACCGUCUCUCAUUCAUGCUUAUUCUGAUCGUCUGAGUCUGAGACCUCAUCCAACUAAACACUCUCAAUAUGAUCCAUGCACAGUUCGCUACACUCCACAGCAGUAUGAGGUAACCAAUUCGAAUGAUGACGCUGCCCCGCCUCUCAUUCAUGCUUAUUCUGAUCGCCUGAGUUUGAGACCUCGCCCAACUAAACACUCUCAGUAUGAUCCAUGCACACUUCGCUAUACUCCGCAGCAGUAUGAGGUAGCCAGUUCUAUAGAGGAAUCUGCACCGUCUCUCAUUAAUGCUUAUUCUGAUCGUCUGAGUAUGAGACCUCACCCAACUAAACGCUCUCAGUAUGAGCCAUGCACAGUUCGCUACACUCCACAGCAGUAUGAGGUAACCAAUUCGAAUGAUGACGCUGCCCCGCCUCUCAUUAAUGCCGAUCCUGUGCAGGGCUCGUUCCCAUAUCACGACCAUGACGACGACGAAUUCUUUGAUGAAGAUAAUCUCGUAACCGACGACGUAAAUAAGAACAUCGAAAAUUUGCCGUCGCAAUUCAUGACGGUAGAUGCGGGACAAGGUCUGCGUGAAAAUGAUUACCAGGUGAACAAUAUCAUCGACAAUCCCCAAACUCAAUGA